AUGUAUACCUGGAAUCUUCCAAAUAAUCACACAAACACAGGUCAGGAUCUCGACAGUGCCAAAAGCAAGACACCCGAUCUCUACACUAAUAGCGAAACGGAUCUGCAAAUCUCGUCGCGAUUCACCGCUCGUCACCACACUUGUCCAUAAUCAUCAUGCAGUACCAUACCCACCACAUCCCCAACGUACUAUUAAUCGCAAACUUUGCCAUCGGACAACAUGGAAGAAUCUUCUUCCUGCACUAAACUC